GCAUUGACAUCUAGGAAGUUUAUUGCAAGAUGUCGGGGGAUGUUUUGUGCGACGAGCCGCUGGUAUGCUCGCGGGCGACGAAAUGACUUGCUUGUCGUGGCGCACGUUUGCUAAAUUCCGGCCUAAAUUAAAUCCCAAAGUGUUGUAAGCAUCACGCCGCCGGUAGCGCCGAGCCACGUCCUCCAGUCGUCCGUCGUCGUCGACGCCGCAACGGAAAGAACAGUGGAGACGAGAGCCAAAACGAAAGCGCGAGGACUGUGCCAGUGUAUGUGUGUGCGCGCGUACCACUGCCAGGACCUGAGGUACACCGAUCUCUCGCAUUUUUUCUUCAUAAACUGAACAAGUGAUCGUUUAAUUAUUUGUCGACGAGCUAAAUAGGUAGAUAGAUAGACAGAGAAGGAGAGAAAGAGAGAGACAGAGAGAGAGACAAAGAAAAAAAAAGAGACAGGGAGAGGAACUUUGUAAACGGACACGUGGUGAUAGUUUAAAAUCUCAGCUGGGAUGGGAGCCAAGGCAAGCACCGUAGCAUCCACUGGUGGCAACGGUCAGUCCUCCACUGGACCCAACGAGACCACAAUACAGGGUUUCUCCAUGCUGCGUUCCCUGCCUGGCGGAGUGGGCAUGUUGCAGCAUCAACAUCAGCAGGCUAAUCAGUCGCAGAAUACACGUGUGUCCGGGGACAGUAGACAGCGUGCACGCUCUUUGAGUUCCGUUCCUGACCUCUCUUCCUCCGAGCAAGCCAGUCUUUCUACCUCGGUAGGGGUAGGAGUAGGUCAGGCCCUUGGCCUGCCGCAGCUGGAUUCCGACGAUACGGAUGAGGAGAGCGGUCGCGUUUACGCCGCUCAUAGCUUGCCUUCGCACAUUUGGUCCCUCAACGGUCUAAAGUGUCCCGUAUGCUCCAAGUUUAUCCUACCGGAUGAUAUAGAAUGUCACCUGGUCAUGUGCCUGACCAAGCCACGGCUCAGUUACAAUGAGGAUGUGCUAACGGAUGGUAAAGGUGAAUGCGUCAUUUGUCUUGAGGAAUUACAAUCUGGUGAUCUUAUAGCGCGCUUGCCCUGUCUCUGUAUAUAUCACAAAAACUGCAUUGAUAAGUGGUUUCAAGUAAAUCGUAGCUGCCCUGAACAUCCUGGAGAUUGAUUUGUACCUGUUGAACUUAGCGGAGCACAGUGGAACAAGAUGCUGGCCCAGAGGACAUUCACCUCAAUGGGAUUGAAAUGGCAAAAAAUGGCAGAAAUUUAAAAAAAAUAAUAAAAAAAGAAGCUAGUCAAGGUGGCUGCUAGUCCGCAAUGGUGAUUGAUGCGUGCGGUGAAUUGUUCGACUGAACGAGACUCGCUCAUCAAAUCGAACAUAUGGAAACACAGAUGUUUAAUUCAAUCCUCGAUUCUAUUAUUAAGUGGGGGACUUAAAUAACAAAAAAUCGCCAUAGGAUUCAACGAUACACACACAAUGCUAUUACCUAUACGUAUCUAUAAUUAAUCUAUUAUUGCUCUAUCGCUUACUAUCAAUUGUACCAUAUUUAUAAAUUUUACUUAGUUUUACAUCUUCAACUCGAUUUAGUGCUUAAGCAGGACGAUCUUUGUUAUUAUGAUCAUUUUUCUUAAUCUUUUUACGAUUUUUUUCUUCUUUUCUUUUUUUUUGGAAGAAAGGGACAGAACGAAUCUUAGUCAAGAAGACCUGCAUAGGAAUAGGUGAGCUCUACCUUAGAUGAGUUAGUUAUACUUUUAUUGAUUUUUAGUAUCGAGAUGAUAUAUCAUAAUUUUCGUUGUCUGUUGGGGGAUGAGUGUUAGAAAGGAUAUUUUUGAUACUUUCAUAAAAGGGAGAGCCAGAAUGUAUAAGAGUUUCGAGCGCCGGAGAUGACAUUAAUGCUGUUGAUGCUGUAGUAACAAUAAAAAGGUUCUGAUUUAACCUUC